AUGGAUCCACUCGAUGGGUCUACGAUCUCUAACCAAAAAGAGAGAUUAAAGAAGCGCACAAGUAUCUACACAGACAUCGUGCACACCGACGAAGAGGACAGACAGUCCAAGAGGAAUCGGAUUUCUUCCCAUACCAGUGGACAUUCAAUGUAUGCCAGAAUCCCUCCAGAUCUAUAUCAGCAACCAAUAACACAAUCCAGACCCGAUCCGUAUUCUGCCAACGAUCCUGUGGAUGGAAUCCGGCAACGCUACGCACCAAUGGAGCCCUCCAAUUAUGAUACUCAAGAGACAAUACAAGAUCGCCACCGAAGAUACGAAAGAGUCGCUCCAGGACUUGGCAAAUCGAUGCUGGCAAACAAUCCUUUUGUUGAAGAGAGCGAUUCGAACGAAGAUGGCCCUUCAGAUGAAGCUGAUGUUCAAGGAGAGGAUGUCGAGCGCAGAUCAACGCCGCUCUUCGUCAACAGCAGCGACAGUACUCGUCUGUCACAAGCCAACUUCCAAGAUGGUCGCCAGUACGGCCACAGAGCAACAGGGAACAGCCUAUCUAACGACACAUCCGGAAUCCAUUCGAGUGACCAGCAGUCGCAGCCCAUCCAGACCCGAGAUGCAAGAUCCGGUCAGCACUACUCAUACCGCGUUCCGACUCGUGACGAUCUUCCGCACACAAUGCGCGGCCAACACGGAGGAGCGAUGAAUCAAACUCAGCCUGCCACGGCCCGUCGAGCUCAUUUCAAGUUUGUAGACACAACCCAGAUGCAACCUGCGUCCAGUCACGAUCAAGCAAGAGACUCUCGUGCGGUGCUUGGAGGGAGACCGAGAUCUGAACACCGACAUGCACCCGAGAUGCCACUUGCACGACAGCAACCCAUACACACUCAAGCUCGAACGCAACUUGCGUUUGGGCACGAACCAGCAAGAGAUUCUCGUGCGUUGCUCAGAGAGAACCUGAGACCCGGCCGCCGCUAUGUACCCGAGAUCUUGUCUGCUGGUAGAGGUGCAGUACAGAAGCCUCAGCCAAGUCACAAGCAUGCAAGCGAUCAAUCCUUCCCAUCGGGGAUACCGCCAUCUCCCAUGAGCGAUAUCCGCCCGAGAAAAUCCCUGAAGCUAGAAGGUUACAAUCCUCCCAAGAAUAUCCUGAGCACCGUCAGACCUCGCAAGAGCGACACCGACAGACCGGGACAUGGCCAGCUCAAAGAAGACAUGCAAUACCCGGCUCAGAUCGCAGCUUCGACCUCUCCAGAAUACAGAGCGCCCGUCACCCCUAUCGCUCCCGUCGCCUCCUUCGCUCAAAACACUCCUACCGCUCCCAUCAUCCAACCUACAGCACGAUACGAUGCUCCUUCACCAUCCUUGCGACCUGGGUCUUCCACAUCGGAUUCUAUUCAAGAGAGAAUCAACACGAUUCCUGAAGAGCAGUUGCGCAACUUCAUCCCUAACAGCUUGGAUAAACAAGUAUGGGAAUACAGACACAGAGCGGAUCCCAUGGACUGGCAACAGAUCAAGGAAAUUCUCGAUCUGACCGCACCACCCUACGUUCUCGACACCGUCAAGACUAGACAGAGGAUCUACGAGGCAAAGCGUAAGCUUGACAAACAGGAGACAACGACAACAGCAGAGGAGAUCGUGGAGCAAGCUCUCGCACCUAUCAUUCCUGAAACUGUGGCACCAGCUGCUACCACUGCCACUUCUGUUCUGCCGCCGACUCCUAUCAAUGCUAGACCUGUACCUCCAUCUCCGGCAGUACAAGCUGAUGCAAAAAGACUUUCAGAAACAUUGGAGGAAGAGAGACUCCUUUGGGCAACAAAAGAAGCAGAAUUGCAAGAGCGCAUCAAAGCUUUGGAAAGCGAGUCUGCUACCAAAACCGCAGAGCUCAAGGAGCACGAAAAGCAACUUAAGCUCAAGGUCGAAGUACAGGAAAAGUAUCAGAAGCUCAAGGAAGAAGCUCAGACAUACAAGGAAAACUUCAAGGCCGAAAAGGAUUCGCGUGUCAAGGCUGAGCGUGAUUUGAGGACUGCUCAGUCUGACAUCAACAGACGCGCUCUCGCUGCCGCUGGCGCAGCAAGAAACAAAGGCAAGGCAGUCGAUAAUGGCUUUACCUUCUCCAACGACGACGAGGACGAAGAUGUGCGGAAGAAAACUCCCACCAAACGCAGCAAUGCCCGCAAACCCGCUGCAUCUAGCAAUCUCAGAGAUGAUGGCCACCCCCAAACAGCAGGCAAAUCUCUUCCGCCAGCUGCCAUUCAAGCUCUGUACAAGCACCUCAACAAAUGCAAAGACGAAGACGAAGAAAAAAUCGAAGGGCCACCAGACUUCAUCCAAGAAGAAGAACUCAGCUACUUCGUCUACACAGUCUUCCGCAAGCAAUGGUCGCACGAUGCAGAAGAACCAGACGACGACACCAAGAUCGGCUGCGGCAACUUCACCUAUCUGAAUGAAGCCAACGUGGCAGUCACCAACGAAAUCUUGCGUCCCCAUGGCAAUGCCUCAGCCAUCAAAAUCGACCCCAAUGAGGAAAGAAGUCUGCACCAAGGAAUGGGCGAGUUCAAUAUGGCUUGGGCUCAACUCGAUGUCCCUGGCGGACAUGUCAAGGUGUGGGUGGAGAGGCAAUUGCACACCGAGUUUGAAGGCAAGCUACCUCUUUUCGAGGACAAAGGCAUCUUGUACAAGCAGGUCUGGGCAAUCAGACAAGAAACCACGUCGGCUGCUGCUGCUGCUGCUGCUUCAGACACCACUUCAGAGACCACUGGCCCCACCAUCACCACAAUCGAAGAAUCCGACGAGAUCUACACCACCUUCGACCUCGCCAACCGCAAAGCCAACGAAAAAGUGUUCAACAUGCUUUGGCCCGAGGAGACUUCAACUCCGGGCAGCAGCGCGAGGAAGACAACUCUCAGUGCCGUCAAAGCCAAGGAAGACGCGAGACAGGACCGAAAGCAGAGGUUGGAUGAUUUGGAGGAUCGUCGCGAGUUGUUUGCUGAGGAAGUUGAUGGGGAGGAUGGAAGCAAGGUCAAGGUCUUUGUUGUGCAGAAGACGGUCACUGGGCCCAGAAACUGA